CUGACGGAGUUCUACAAGACUGCAGUAAAUUCGACCGAAGAUCGCAUUGUAAUACUUUACGGAGAUUAUAUUUUCCACUAUUAUUGCAAUUUCGUGGUAAUAUCAAUAACUUUUCUAAUAUCGUGAAUAUAAUAACAUUCAUAAUUUAUUCUUAAUCAUUAAUUUGGGUAAAUUAAGUGAAACAGUGUGUAAAUAUGUGAAAUUAGCAUUUCCCUCUGGCCACUGCAAGUUGGAAGAAAUCUCGGCAUCAACUUGGCUACAUCAGCUUCCCGCUACCCGCUAACAGUGGCGCCCGUCCCUGCGGCCUGAACUUCAGUAGACAAAUGUCAGACCACAAUCAGUCUGCGUCUAGCGGUCGAUGUGGAAGCACGUCUUCUCUCGCACAAGCAGAUUUGUGUUUUGUACACGAUCGUUUUUUAUUCGAAGUGGUUUGACUUGUUAUUGUGAUUUGUGACCUGGCCCGCGGGAUUUCGAGAUAAAUCGUAGCAUCUAACAGCCAAUAACAAAAACCAGUCCGCAAGACUUUAAACUGCGUGUGAUAUACAAACCUAAUUUAUUUUAUAAUAAGUUUGCAUUUACGACCCGGUCAUUCAGAGACCGUCCACAGAUUAUAAAGACGUGACGCUGUCAAUUGAUCAUAGACUGAAGGAGUUAGAGAGAGAGAGAGAGAGAGAGAGUAUCAAAAUGAGGGACAACGCGAAGCCGUGUCAGCACAGUUUGUCAAAUGAAGUGGAAUAUAAAGAAGUGGUUGUUAUAGGUUCCUAAAUUGAACUGAGUUGCAUUGGAAUCGUUCUGUAAAUGUUGAUGGUAGGCCUACGGGGCCCACAAGGCGUGCAUAAUUCACUAGCAUCCCGUCCCGGCUUCGCUCGGGAAACGGACCCAGUGGACUAGUGACGUCAUUCAUGCUGGCAGGCAACGUACCAUACCUGAAACAGAUACCAGACGACCUGCCCGUAGAGGAAAUGUUAAAAGCCAGACUAUCAAACCUCCCAGUUGGACAGAACCUAUACGAGACAGAUCUUCUAGAACUAGCCGAAGGUCUAGAAGGACGCAGCCAGAACCCAGUGCCUCUGCUUAUGGACAAUCUACUAAGGCCAUGCGCAGAUCUGGGUAUUCAAGCUGAUCCGCUGAUAGAGUGGAAAUAUGAUGUUGAGAAGCAGAUCGAUCACAUAGUGUUGGGUCGCGGUCCGGCGGGCGGCGCGUGGGCGGGGUUCCCGGCGGGCGUGCGCACGCUGUCGCCGAGCGCGUGGCUCACGCUGCCGCCGCACGCGCCCGUCUGCGGCGACCGGCUGCCCGCCAGCGCCGUGGCCGACUACUACAGGCGGUACGUGAGGGCCACGAAGCUGAAGCGCUACUUCCGCAACGGAGUGGUGGUGACGAGCGUGCGCUGCGCCCCGCGGCCCCUCACGCCGCCGUGUUCGCGGGCGUGUCCUCUGGCUGCCGUCUACUGUGUCGCUGGUUUCGACAAAUCAGAAGGCCGUCCGUUCCGCUACCUGUGCCGGCGUGUGGUGCUGGCGUGCGGCGCCGGCGACCGCCCCAAUACCCUCGAGCCGAACAUAGCCAAAUAUUCAUUACAUUCGUUGGCCGAUUUCCAGACGGCUUUGCAGAAUUCUGAACCAUCUGAACCGCCGGUGCUGGCGGUGGGGUCGGGCGUGUCGUGCGCGGACGCGACGCGCCUCAGCGCGCGCGCGGCGCGCGCGGUCGCGCACGUGCACCGCGCGCCCGCGCGCGCGCUCGCGCGCCUCGAGCCCGCCCUCUACCCGGGCUACUACCAGAUAUACAAGAUGAUGUGCGACGGUGAAAACGGGAACUACCCCAAUUACAAAUCCUACCCGAACCACGUGAUCGUCGACGUCACUCCGGAGGAAGCCCCUCCGCACUCGGACCCCAGGAAGAACCCCACUACUCGCCCCAAGAGGGUCAAACUCCUCAACGUAGCCACAAAUGAACUAACCGAAAUUAUUGUCUCAAUUAUAAUAGUUCUUAUCGGAUCAAAACCAGACCUAUUCUUCUUACAAACGAAUUUCAACCUUAAUUGCAUAGAAUUAGAUUCGGAAUGCAUCAAAUGCACAGAUAAUCAGGUCAAAAAGAAAAUCGAAGACUCCCGCCAGUGGUUUCUCAAAGAACAUUGGCAUUACAUCAAAACCGUGCUCGGACAAAGCAUCCAAAGCUGCAAGUCCAGGUUGAACAGCACAGAAAUUAAUGGCAACACCAAUACAAAAUGUGUGUUGCCAGACUGCAAUAAAAGAAGCGAGAACAAAUGUACGUGUAACAACUUAAUAAGUAAGCUAGAAAAUGGAAUUAUCAAGACUAAUGUAGAGAAUGACAAAUGUGUUUGUGAUUAUUUGGAGAAAGUAAAAUGCCGAUGUCCAACGAAUUCUUAUUCGAAUGGCGUUGGAUUUGGGAUAGAUCCGAAGCAGCCAGUGGAUGGACGGAAUCCCAUAGCAAUUGAUAAAAGCACUCACGAAUUACUAAAUGCGCCGAAAGGAAUAUAUGCGUUAGGGCCCCUCACAGCAGAUAAUUUUGUUCGUUUCAUCCCUGGCGGGGCAUUAGCGAUCGUUGCACACAUACACAAAGAAAAAACCGCCGAGUAACUUGCCAUAGACAUGUGAUUUAAUUUUUUUUUUUUACAAUAAAUUAUUUUUUUAUACACCUGUACUUUUGUUUUUUUUUUUAAGGAAACAGUGAUUGGAUUAUAUAGAUUUAUUCCAUUGUAAAAAUAAUAGAAAAAUAAUUCUAAACAUGGCACAAAUACAAAAAUUAUUGUAGACAAUAUUUUUCUCUUAAAAAUUAAAAGGCCUUAUUUCAGUAACAAAGAAACUUAAUUGUAUUUAUUUGAUUGUUAAAAUUAUACGUUUAUCCCAGAACUA